GGAAACCCGGAAGAGGAUUAUGGAGCGAAGGUUAUACAGAGCAGCAUUAUGGCGAUCGUCUUGUGAGGCAAUGUAGACAAAGCGGGCAAAAUACACCCAUGUUGUUGAACUACAGGGGAGCAAAGUGGUCUCACAAGUGACGGACCGACCAUUUCGCAAUCACUCGCACCCCUUCGUGUUAUUGUACAAUAUUUUGCGUUGUUGCAUUGAGACGUAAAUACUUAAUUUUUGUCGUCUGCGAGAGACAUGGGAAAUGGAAUGAACAAGGUUGUCGAUGGGCUCUACCUGGGAAAUAUCAGAGACUCGGAGAACAGAGAAAGUUUGUCCCAGAACAACAUCACCCACAUCCUGUCUGUGUAUAACAAUGCUAAACCCGUGCUGGAGGACAUGACCUACCUGUGUAUCCACGCAGCUGAUGUGUCUAGCCAGAACCUGUCAAAGCAUUUCAAAGAGAGCAUCAGGUUCAUCCACGAAUGUCGUCUAAAUGGAGGGACCUGUCUGGUGCACUGCCUGGCCGGUGUGUCCCGUAGUACCACCAUGGUGGUGGCCUACCUGAUGACCGUCACCACCUACAGCUGGGAGGAGUGUCUGUCGGCUGUCAAGGCCGUGCGUUCCUUCGUAGGCCCGAACUAUGGCUUCCAACAGCAACUACAGGAGUACCAGAUGAACCAAGUCACAGAGUACCGGGCGUGGCUGCGGGCCAGUUUCCGCCACAGUCCCUUCAAGGACCAGGAGCAGGUGGGAGUGCUGCUGAACCACUACAUAGAGCAGCAGCAGCAGGAGAACCAGAGGAGAGGAGGGGACCAGGGCUGGAUGAACCAGGUCUCCAGUGUCUACCCUCUACCCUACAAUGCCUACAACGGCUCUGGGGGAAACAGAUGAGCCAAGGGGCCGCGAGUCUCCCUGGUCCCACCAACCUCCAGCUCAGGCCUGCCUGUAGAGUGAGACAAUUUCCCAAUCCCUAGGCACUUAGAUCUGAAGAGAUCUGAUGGGUGUAAGUAGGGCCAGGGGUUUCUCUUGACCAAGACAUUCUCCAGAACCUAGUCCUCCUAAGCAAUAUGGGAAUAGCUCCACCCUGCCCUCUGAUAGACUAGGUGGAAUUGUCACCUUAUUGCGUGUAACUAUUUAGUACUUGCAGGUCCCAAGUGCAUAGGGGUAUUGUCUAACUGACUCUCUCACCACUGCACUACCUCCCAUGUCCCUCGCCACUAAACUGACCUUAGUACAGCCUGAUCAGGAGCUCUGAUGGUCACUGAAGCCUUAAUCCAAACACCUCCACACCUCAACACCUUGACCUUACAGCCACAUACUACCAUGAGGCACCUGUCCUAUAACGUCGCCUCAACUCAUCUCUAAACCCAACAUGUCAACUUUUAAGGCCAAACAGAUAAAGAAGUGUAGGACUUGCAUUUUCUUUUUUUAA